AUGGAAUCCAAGCCCCCUCGCCUGUCACAGCAGCCGCCUUCCCUCUCACCCGCUGGCGCUACACCGCUUCUCCCAGCACAGCACGAUGCUCUCACGCAAAACCCGUCCCCUGGAGUGCCGCAACAGGUCCACAAACCCUUUCGGUGUCCCGUUGAUGGGUGCAAGCGCUUCACUCGUCGCACUGGCGUGAAGGAUCAUAUCAAGCUCAAACAUGCGGGCGCUCUUACUGAGGCCGAGUUGACUGCCUUGUUCCUGAAAGAAGAGCAGAUAAACAAGAAUGUCAAGCGAUCGGUUCCUUGUCGCGUUCCAGGCUGCGGCAAAACGUUUCUGACAGCCCAGACCAUGUCCGCACAUCUCACCAACGUCCACAACAUCAAGAAUCCCAAGGACCCCCACAUCUUCCCAUGUCUGAUCGCUGGUUGCACCUCGACACCAUUCGCUAUUGUCAAGGACCUGGCGAAUCACCUCUCCUCAGCUCAUGGGGCAUCGCGUCAGUAUUACUAUACGAGGGUGCGGUACUUCGACUCGAUGGAGAGCUUUGAAGCUGUCAUCGCUGCCUCCCGCGCGGAUGAGUUUGUGAAAACGGACUUUCGCAGCCUUCAUGAGUGGAAGCAUGUGCCAGCGAGACAGAAGGAGUGGAAAGGAGGCCGAACCGUGCCUGUGGUGCUUGAAAUUGAGAAGCGGUGCUCCCGGCACGCAGUCAUCCGCGCACCCCAGGCAACAGUCCGUGUCAAUCGUGCCAAGGGCACGAAGGCUGUUGGCAGAUGCCCUGCACGGUUGUGGCUCCAGAUGGCUGAGAGUGGUGAGGUGAAGGUGACGACGUUCAACUACCACUACCACCCGUUGGAGUUAAAGUACCUGGACGUGCCAAAGGUGAUGCGUGCAGAGAUCAAGCAUCUCACUCAUCUUGGAGUGGGGUAUGGUGCAAUUUACAAGCAAGUGUCUGCCCUGUUCGAGACUCACCCCCGCGUCAGGUGA